AUGUUUGCGCAUUGCGCCGGUGACAUCUGGACCGGCGACGACUUCAGCGCCUGCUUCGAGCACGACUACUUCCAAACACUAUUCCCAUUAAUCGGCUGCGGGAUAUCAGCGCUGUACUUGUGCUGGCAGGUUCUUCGAAAAUAUUAUCGCCGGAGAGACCAGGAGCCGUAUGCGCUUCUGAAGCAGCAUAUCUGGAAUGGCAACGGACGUCCGAUUGGAGAGUAUGAGGAUGAAGAGAAUAGCGAGGAGGACUCGGAAGACGAGGACAGCUCAGAGGGGAGCCAGCCGUUGGCGCUGCGGCAGACAAGAAGCCAGACUCACAUGUCGGUAACGACCGUGGACAAGCCGAGGGGCGAGAUGGCGAUUGCUAUGAUUGAAGAGCUGGCCGUAAUAGCAGAGCUCGGGGUGCAUACAGCAAUGUUGGUCAUUGGAGGGUAUGGCGAGGACGGCCACAUUGGAGCGAUAUCAGGUGUUGCGGUAUGGGCAUACGUUGCGGUCCUGGCAUCGCUACGACUCCUGCUGUCCAGCACGUCGAAGUUCUCGUUCCCGAAGCUCUGGUACCAUACUUUCUUCCUCUAUGGCCUACUAUGGAUCAUCAGCGUGCUCUUGUUUCGAUCCGCGAUCGUACAUCCCUCCUUCAAGGUGCUACAAGCAUUGCAGAUUACGGAGUUCGCGCUGGUAUCACUCCUCUUCACGAUCUCCUUGACUUCACGCAAAGGCAACAAGCCGGUCGAGCUGGAGUACGAGGGAGAUCUGGAGCCCUCAAAGGAGCCAUUGGCCAGCGUCUUCUCGUUGGGUACCUUUAGCUGGGUCGACCCGAUCGUCUGGACGGGCUACCGCAAGACAUACGAGAUGUCAGACGUCUGGAACCUGAUGCCAAAGGACAAGGCGGGUGCUAUUCUGGCAAACUACCGCCAACUGCAGAAGACCAGCAUCCUGGCAUGGCAUUUACUACGCUACUUCAAACGCCAACUGCUCAUUCAAGCGUCCUGGGCGGCUAUCUCUGGUAUCAUCACUUUCAUGCCGACGUUGCUACUCAAAGUCAUCUUGCAGUAUGUGGAGGAUCCGGCAUCCACGCCUCGCAAUGCGGCAUGGUUCUAUGUCUUCCUCCUGUUCGUUUCAGGAGUCAUUAAUGCAAUCUCGAGUGGCCAGGCACUCUGGGUUGGUCGCAAGGUCUGUAUCCGUCUGCGAGCAAUCAUCAUUGGAGAGAUCUAUGCCAAGGCGUUGAGAAGGCGAGCGGCUGCUGGUACUGACAAGGUGCUGGGUGGCGCAACCACGAACCCAAGCGACAAGAACGAGACGGACAAGAACAUCUUGAAGCGCGCUCUUACUUGGGGCCGCAAGAAGAAGUCGGAAGAUACGAAGACGGACAACCAGCAAAAGGACCCGAUCGAUGACUCUCAGGUCACCUCUGGCGCUAUCAUCAAUCUCAUGGCUGUCGACUCGUUCAAAGUCGCAGAGAUCAGCGCAUACCUCCACUUUCUCUGGGCCGAAACACCGGUGCAAUUCAUACUGGCGAUUUUCCUGCUCUAUCAGAUCCUCGGAUACAGUAGUAUUGUCGGCAUUGGCAUGAUGGUGGUCCUGCUCCCGAUCAACAUGUACAUCUCGAAGAAAUUCGCAGAAGUCCAGACCAAGAUCCUGGCUGCUACAGACGCGCGGAUACACUCGACCAACGAGGUCUUGACCAACAUCCGCAUCAUCAAGUACUUUGCGUGGGAGCAGCGUUUCCUGGGCACUGUUGAUGAGAAGCGUGUGGUCGAGCUAAGAUACCUCCGCAACAGGUACAUCCUCUGGUCGAUUGCUGCAACCAUCUGGGCUGGCGCUCCCAUCAUCAUCACGCUUCUAACGUUCGCUGUCUACACACUCGUGGAGAAGAAGGACUUGAUACCAUCAAUCGCCUUCACAGCACUGUCACUCUUCAGCUUGCUGCGCAUCCCGUUGGAUCAGUUGGCCGAUAUGGUUGCGCAUGUGCAAGAAUCGAAAGUGUCAGUGGAUCGAGUGGAAGAGUAUCUGAACGAGGCGGAAACGGACAAAUAUGCACAACUCGCCAACGAGAAGUACGAUUCUGAUGGCGAGGUCGUGAUUGGAUUCGACAAGGGAACAUUCAGCUGGGGUAGCCGGGAUGCUGAGGACUUCAAGAUGAUCGAUCUCGAUAUGCGGUUUAAAGUCGGACAGAUGAACAUCGUGAUUGGACCUACAGGAAGUGGGAAGACGUCAUUGCUGAUGGCUCUUCUCGGUGAGAUGACAUUGCUGGACGGCAGCGUCUACCUGCCGGCUGGCAAAAGUAGGGAUGAUGUCAAGCCAAACCGGGAGACUGGCCUCACAGAGAACGUCGCAUACUGCGCGCAGCAAGCUUGGCUCCUCAAUGGCACGAUCAAGGACAACAUCGUAUUCUCUAGUCCUUGGGACGCUCGACGGUACAAGGAUGUGAUCAUCGCAUGCUCACUCCAGCGCGACCUCGAGAUUCUGGAUGGCGGCGACCAGACGAUGGUUGGAGAGAAGGGCGUGACGCUGUCCGGUGGCCAGAAGCAGCGCAUCAGCUUGGCAAGAGCGCUGUACUGCAAAGCGAGGCACGUGCUCAUGGACGAUGUGCUGAGUGCUGUCGACUCCCAUACUGCCAAGUGGAUCUUCGAGAAAGCCCUGCUUGGACCGCUGAUGUACAACCGGACGUGCAUUCUCGUGACGCAUAACGCCACGUUGGCGCUUCCGUACGCAGACUUUGCUGUGGUGCUGGACAAUGGCAGAGUGGCUAUUCAAGGCGCGCCUGGCGAUAUCAUCACCUCCGGCAAGCUUGCGGAAGAUGUGUCGAAAUUCCCAUCACGACCUGGCUCUCGCGGCCCAUCUACCCUGCCCUCAAGAGUCCCGUCCGAGAUCGGCCGUGACAAUCUAUCAGGCAAGACCGAGCCAGGGUCAGAGACUGCACAGCGCCGCCUCAGCGUACCGGAACCCGAGGCGAGCAGUGCUCUGAAUGGCAUCCCGAAUGGCGAGCCGCUGUCCAAGGUCAUCUCGAAGGACAUCCCAGGCCUGAACAAAGUCGUGGACGAGGACGGACAACAGGAAAGCAAAGCCACCGGAGCCGUCAAGCUUGCCAUCAUCGUCAAGUACCUUGUCUACAUGGGUGGGCCGUUUUACUGGGUCUUCACUGCUUCUGCGUUCGCUUUGCAGCAGUUUGCUCAGGUUGCUACGAACAUCUGGAUCCGGGAGUGGGCUAAUGCUUAUGCUUAUAAGGAGACUGUCUCCACUGCUGGUGUGCAUCAGUCUUUGCCUAUGACGCAUGUCCAGGGUACGUUCAGCGGGUCUUACAACUGCUUGAGGAGUGGCUCGUGUGUCUGGGGAUUUCCGUUCACAAAGUCGACAAGCACCGGUCCGGUCGUCACAUCCUCUUCGAACUCCCACGUCGAAGUCGGAUACUACCUCGGCGUCUACGCAGUCCUGGGCAUCGGGUACAUGUUCAUCUGUCUCUUCAGAGAAGGCAUGUGCUUUGCUGGUUCGCUCACAGCCUCCAAGCGCAUACACCGCCAGCUCAUGGAGUCCAUCACUCACGCCAAGUUCCGCUUCUUCGACUCCACGCCACUCGGCCAGAUCAUGAACCGCUUCUCCAAGGACGUCGAAGCCAUCGACCAAGAAGUCGCACCCGUCGCCGUUGGCGUGGUCCACUGCCUGGCGUCGAUCGUCACCAUAGUAGUGUUGAUAUCCGUCAUCACGCCGGGCUUCCUGAUCGCCGGCUUCUUCAUCACCAUCCUAUACUUCCUCAUCGGCCGGUUCUACAUUAGUUCUAGCAGAGACCUGAAGCGCCUGGAAUCCGUACAGCGCAGCCCCCUCUACCAGCAGUUCGGCGAGACCCUCUCCGGCAUGACGACCAUCCGCGCCUACGGCGACGAACGCCGCUUCAUCCGCGAGAACCUGCACCGCGUGAACACGCACUCCCGCCCGUUCAUCUUCCUCUGGGGCGCGAACCGCUGGCUCGCUUUCCGCGUCGACAUCGUCGGCGCCCUCGUCUCGUUCUUCUCCGGCGUGUUUGUGGUGUUGAGCGUCGGCCGCAUUGACGCUGGCGCCGCUGGGCUGGCUAUGACCUACGCCGUCACAUUCACGGAGAAUGUGCUGUGGUUUGUGCGUUUGUACGCCAGCAAUGAGCAGAACAUGAACGCCGUCGAGCGGAUUAAGGAGUACUUGGACGUGGAUCAGGAGGCGGCGCUUAUUGUGCCGGAGAACAGGCCGGAGGCGAACUGGCCGAGCAAAGGAGGUGUGGAGUUCAUUGGGUAUUCUACCCGGUACAGGAGCGAUUUCGACUUGGUGCUGAAGCAUCUGACGUUCAAGAUUCUGCCGGGGGAGAAGGUUGGUGUGGUUGGCAGGACGGGGGCUGGGAAGAGUUCGUUGGCACUGGCGCUGUUCCGUGCGCUUGAGGCGGAAGAGGGCAAGAUUUUGGUGGACGAUGUUGAUGUCGGACUCAUUGGGUUACAAGAUCUGCGUGAGAACAUCGUCAUGGUGCCACAGGAUCCGACAUUGUUCACUGGCACGAUUCGAAGCAAUCUGGAUCCAUUUGGCCUGUUCACCGACGAAGAGAUAUUCACUGCCCUAAGACGAGUGCAGCUGAUUGGUGCGCCUUCAGCUACACCAUCUCGACCAUCGACGCCGAACCCUAGCAUGUCUGGGCCGAACAGUCCGGUGAAGAAGCAGUCGCCAGCCUCGAACGGCUCUCCAACGACUACAAGUCCCACAGAUGGGAACAUCGGUCUCGAGAACAAGAACAUCUUCAAGAACCUCUCGUCACCCGUCGCAGAAUCUGGCGCAAACCUCUCGCAAGGCCAGCGCCAACUCCUCUGCCUGGCUCGCGCAAUGCUCAAGAAUCCGAAAGUCCUGCUCAUGGACGAAGCAACCGCAUCCAUCGACUACGCCACCGACGCCAAGAUCCAGGAGACGAUCCGCGAGAUCAAGAACACCACCAUCACGAUCGCGCACAGGCUUCAGACAAUUAUCGAUUAUGACAAAGUGCUUGUGCUGGACAAGGGCGAGGUGAUGGAAUAUGGUGAUCCUUUCCAGUUGAUCUCGGAGAAGGGUGGGAUGUUCAGAGGGAUGUGCGAGACGACGGGCGAGUUUGAGACGUUGAAGGAUGAGGCGGAGAAGGCGCAUAAUGCCCGACGCCUGGUGGAUGACAGCUGA